AAAAAAAAAUGUGGAGAUCUUCCCUAAUCUUUCUUCCGCUUGAGCCAUCUUCCAGGACUUUCGCACCGGUGAAUCAAUUAAGCCUAUAUCUAUCAGAGGCUAUGUUUUAAAUAGAGCCUGGCCCCGAAACAACAGGAAUCAACCUUCAUCACAGACUUUUGAAGUCCGACGGCUUUGGAAAUUUCAUUUUUGCAAAACCACAAUAAAUAGACAAACGAUCUGGUCUGGUCUGUCUCACGUCUUUUUACUUCCUUCCUUCCUCCACCUCCUUCUCCCCCACUCCUUUUUCCAUCAUCGCAACUGGCCGGGUACUAUUCUUGUGGGGAACAAUAAUAUCUACGGUCCAGUUCGAAGGAAGUAGUCUAUAUAUAUAAAGGUCCUUUCUGAAUGCCUUACUCUGUCCCAACACCACCGCCUACCUCCCUGUCUGUUACUUCACCUCCGACCCAUACGAGGUCCUUGUCCUCUCAUCCCGCGCCUUCGUAUAAAUUUUCGAACGAAAUCGGUCCAGGAGCGUUUACCCCCCUCGGCAGCUUACCUCGACGAAGUUCAGGACCUAGUUUAAUUGGUAAUCCGCGUGCCACCAGCGCAACAGCAAAACGAUUUCACUUCAAGUCAAGUCCCGAAGUGUCCUCGAGCGAUUCAUCUGACGACGACGACGACGACGACGAAUAUCGCGGCAAAGAGUCUCCUUCUAACCUCAAUCAACCGCGUAAAACUAACGUCGGCGAUAACGACCAUGACGACCAUGAUGACGAUAGGUCAUAUGCCAUCCCUCCUUUAAAGUUACGGGUCAACCGUCUUGGAUCGCCAUCUUUUAAUGGUGUACCAUUCCCUCGCUCUUCGCCUCUUUCUUCUCCAGUACUCGGUUCUCCACUUCCUUCACCAACUCGUGUCCCAAGUGGCCUUCUCAGUCCUCUUGGACUAAAUUCCCCAAUAUCUGAAACCGGAAGUCUCCUCCUCUCCCCUAACGAUUCAAACACCCCCCAAUUACCCAUCUCGGCUUCGAAUCCUAUUUACUCGCCUUACAAAUAUUCACCACAGGACGGCACUGCCUUCACUCUUCCUUUACGGCCAUCGCCGACACGUUCAACAUCCUCACCACACAUAUCUAACGGACGGCCUCUAAAAAGCUCGUUGAAAUCUUCUUCUUCAGCGUCUAAUCUUCACCCGCAUGUUCAUGCGAUUCAUCAUGCACACCGCAUCCACUCGAGUCAUCAGCGGGCAAGUUCCGCGCCUACUACUCCGGGACACGAAUUAGUUGGCGAUCAUUCAUCUUCAUCUUCAAAUAGUUCAGUAUCUAAUCCAUCUGCCCCUGGCUCUGGAACGGUUUCGCCGACUACUCCAAAAACUGUGCAUUUUCCUUCAUUGUCCACACAUCUCGAGCGUGUGCGCAUCUUUCAUAAAUCCGCGAAGCCCGCAUCCUUGCUCACCGUGCGAGCCCAAGGGGAAGAAACGGAAACCGAGACAGAGACAGAUCGUGGUAGUGACUGGGGAUAUGCAUAUCGAGGAAAUACGGCCCGACCUUCUAAUGGAUCUUUUCCCUCUCCAAAGAUGGCUAAUUCUCCUCUAUCCUCGAACAGCUCUAUUUGGCCUCCUACGCCAGCAGUCGGGGCCUCGGAGUACCGGAAGGGUUCGACAAAGUUGGAGUUAGAUAUGACUGGAUAUCCAAUUCCUGACCCAUCUUCCAUUCCUCCUUCGCCCUUUACCAAUAUCCUUUUAGAGUCUAUCUCGCUAUCUGCAUCUGUACCCGAUGAUAAGCUCCACCUACAGGGCGCCUUCAUUGUGCGCAAUAUAAAUUAUCAGAAGGAUGUUGCCGUUAGGUUUACGGUAGACGAUUGGAGCACAGUCAGUGAAAUCAAAGCUAAUUGGGCUGCCAACUUCUCUUCUCCGUUUUUAACUCAGCGUUCGUCAUUGAGGGAUACCGAUUCCUGGGAUCGGUUUACGUUUUGCAUCAAUCUCUCUGACUAUACUUUGGCAUCGCUUCCUUCCAAGGUUAUUUAUUUUGUCGGAAGGUACACUGUACCUGGAGGAGAACAUUGGGACAACUGCGGAGGACGGAAUUGGCGGGUGAAGUUCCGGCUUCUCAAUACAGAUCCAGAUGUUCAAAAUCCAGCCGAUCUUUCUGCAGCGUUCGCUGCCGUACUGUCACAAAAUUCUGUUCUCUCUUCUCCGACCGUUUCUCCUCCGGCGAUUUCGUUGACUGAAGCUACUGCGUCAUCACCCACUUCGUUAACGAACUCUAUCUCGACUGCUCCCUCAUCUGCUCCCCUUGUUCCAAUUGCCAAUCCGCCUUCCCCGGCACGAACGGAAGCCAUCGCGCAAGCAACUGCUCAGAGACUAAGAAGAUUCAGUUUAUCAAAUUAUGUUGCUCCUGGGGCUCCCACAUCCUCGACCGCUCCUAGUCAAAGCGAAGAGAAAGAAAUAAUUGGCGCCUUGCAGAGAUCAUCGUCAAUGCCAGACACACGAUCCAACAUUUCUGCCAGGUCACAACCCCCCACGCAUCCCUCACCUCGAGGCCAUUUAUCCAUAGUUACGACCCCACCAGAUCUAACGCCUUCUUCUGCUGCAUCUCCGCCCAAUUCCAAAUCUGCAUCUCCGUCGAGCAUCUCUAACCCUCCCGCUGAGGCGAACUCGGAAUCGUUAUAUAAUUGGUUCGUGCAGCAAUGGUGCUUUGCUGGGAUGCCUUCGUCUGGGCUUCCUGAUCAAAAUUGGAAACGGGACGAACAUCCUCCUGUUAUUCACAAAGGCAAUCUUGGCUUGGAGAUUGGAGGGUAAGCCCAUGUGUGCAUCCGAGUACGUCGAUUAGUUGGUAGUAGCGGCCAUUUUUAUUCCUCGUUUAUUCUUUAUCACCCUCAUUCUCUUGUUUUCCAAAAAAUACCCCUCCUCGUAUGUGGGGUUGGGCGUAACUGAUGUCGCUGCUGAUUUUCAUGCAGUAACA